UUCAGUCAGACUCAGCCCCAAAUACAGCAUCUUGAACUACAAAACAGGUGAAAGAGGAAGCGAUGGACACCAGAAACUACCCCAGCCCUCCAGACAGGCUCUCUGUCUUCUCCGAGUCUGCCCACUUGCCACUGUCCAGGCCCUUCUACCUGGACCCCAUGGUCACUGUCCACUUGUGCCCUGAGGCCCCGGUGCCAACCCCUUACAUGGAUGAGCUGCCUCUGUUGCCUUUUCCCAGCGAUACCCUGAUCUUGGACAAUUACGGGGAUCCAUACCCCUUCCCCUUCCCUAUGCCUUAUGCCAACUAUAGGCGCUGCGACUACGCCUACGGGCCCGCCUUCAUCCGCAAGAGGAACGAGCGGGAGAGGCAGCGUGUCAAGUGUGUGAACGAAGGCUACGCCCGGCUGCGGCGGCACCUGCCGGAGGACUACCUGGAGAAGCGGCUCAGCAAAGUGGAGACCCUCAGAGCUGCAAUCAAGUACAUCAGCUACCUGCAGUCUCUCCUGUGCCCGGAUGAGGCUGAGGCCGAGAGGAACCCUAGAACCGCCAGCUGUGGCUCCUUGGAGCCUGCUCUGAAAGCCAUUUGAGUCAGCUCCUUCCAAAAACGGUGUCUUCUGUAGCAGUAUCCAGUGGGUUCUCAAACACACGGUUUCCAGGAGGAGACAGCAGUAGCUCACUACCAACCUUUAUUAAAUGCUGCUUGCCU